GUCCCAAACCGCAUAUCUCGCAUCCUGUACAGGCACUUGUACACCAACGUACUACGGUUAAUGUAUGAAUUGAAUUGUCUGGUUCUAUUUUUCUCGGGGUUCUUGUGGUCCCGAAACCCCACAAUCCUAUUCUUUCACUUCAGCCGUAUACCAAGCCUGCAACAAUUUCAAUAUCACUGCCCAAGUCCCUAGUUGUUUGACACUACCACGCACAUCAUGCUCAAGUCGUAAGACUUAAAAUUGCCUCUAACCUCUUCUUUCUCUUAAUUCGUGGGAUCCUAGUCAAUAUCUGUUGAUGGGAGGUUUAGCCGGCUUUAGUAUAAAUUGAGUGGUGCGGGGAGCAUGACAUAGUUUCACCUAUAGCAAACAAACUAGUAUGUUCGAUCCUUGCCAUUUCCAUUUACGUUCUCACAACGGCGAUCGUCGGCCCUGUUAAGAAGUCGGCAAAUUGUCUGCCUGGUCGCAAAUGGUGGAGAAUCGUCAGACCUUCUUCUAUAGCGUCCAAUAUGUGCGAGCAUAUAUACUUUAAUCCAUAAGGUUGCGUUCCUGGUGUAAUUUUGUUGCGAACAACGCUUAAACGCGUAUAGUAUAUAAAUGCAGAUAUUGACCCCGUUCUUUGCUUAUCCUGAGUUUCGUAUUUGCACUGUAUACACAAAACAAGCGGAACCAUGAUUUCUUUGCCUACAAUUCUGGGCGCCGCGUUCUAUGCGGCCGCUGUCGUCGUCGGUGCUCCUGCCAGCGAUGUUCUCCCUCAAACCGCCAAUCCCAACAUCCUGAACAAACGCGCCAACUCAGCAGGAUGCGGCAAGUCGCCGACCAUAAGCUCCGGCGCACGAUCCAUCAACGUCAAUGGCAAGAACCGUCAAUACACGAUCCGCGUGCCCAACGGCUAUGACCAAAACAAGCCGCACAAGCUUAUCUUCGCUUUCCACUGGGUUGGUGGAACGAUGCAGGACGUGUCGGGCGGCGGUUCAGAUGGUGCGCAGUGGGCCUAUUACGGUAUGCAGAAGAAGUCAUCUGAAACCGCCAUUCUCGUGGCUCCACAAGGUCUGAACAAUGGUUGGGGCAACAGUGGGGGCGAGGACAUCGCCUUUGUCGACGCGAUGCGGAAUGCGAUUGAAGCUGAUCUAUGCGUCGACACGACUCAGAGAUUUGCGACUGGCUUCUCUUAUGGAGGAUCUAUGUCGUUUUCUAUCGCUUGCUCCAGGGCUAAGGACUUCCGCGCUGUUGCUGUCAUCUCCGGAGGUCAGUUGAGUGGCUGUGACGGUGGGAACGAUCCUAUUGCGUACCUUGGAAUUCAUGGAAUCAAUGAUGGAACUUUGAACAUUGCUCAGGGCAGAACAUUGAGGGAUAGAUUCGUGAGGAAUAACGGAUGCGCGCAGACAAAUCCCAGGGAACCUGGCUCGGGGUCAGGACAACACGUUAAGACUGCAUACACUGGAUGCAAAGCUGGGUAUCCCGUAACGUGGUUGGCUUUCGAUGGAGGUCACGCCCCAGCGCCCGUGGAUGGUGGAGGUGACAGCGGUGCACGCAGCUAUGUUCCUGAUGAGAUUUGGGGUUUCUUCAAUCAGUUCUCAUCUUAG